GUGCGUGGCUCGGGCUCGCUGCUUCAGCUCACUCCCCUCUGAUGGUGGGGCUGGCGGUCACGACGCUGCUCCACACCUCCAGGCUUCGUGUGGAGGGGAGGAGUGCCGGGGGAAAGCAGGCACACAACUGACCUACAGAACCACCGAUAACUUACUCCCUCGCAGCACAAUCGCAUAGGAAAGGGGAGGGAGGAAGGAGGAGAAGGAGGAGGAGGAGAAGGGGGGGAAAAAAAAGAAAAUCCAGAGAAUUCUAGUCUGGCAAAUAUAGUGAAACCAAGCGGUCGGAGUUCAUUUGCUCUAGAAGAGCAGAGAAGAAAGAGGACGCUAAAUGAAAAAAAUCAAGAACCAUCUGUAGCUUUUUUUUUUCCCCCCGAUAGUAGCGGUGUUUCAGAGGUAAAAUGAUUCCUCCGAGCAGCACGGCUGAAGUCAGCGUGGACAGUGUGGAGAAAGAGAAUGAAGUGGAGAGCACGGAGCAGCCCCCCUCUCCAGCAUCAACUACCAGCCAGGAAUCAAAGCUGCAGAAACUGAAGCGAUCCCUCUCCUUCAAGACUAAAAGCUUGCGGAGUAAAAGUGCAGACAAUUUCUUCCAGAGGACUAAUAGUGAUGUGAAGCUGCAAGUAGACUUGAUGCCUGAGGUGAGCACAAGCACUGGGCAGCUCCCCAACUCAGACAGCCAGGCAUCUUCACCCACCAGAGCCCAACAGCUGCCAGAAAACAGCAAGACUCACAUCUUCCAGGAGCACAUCUUCAAAAAACCAACCUUCUGUGAUGUCUGCAACCAUAUGAUUGUUGGGACGAACGCUAAGCACGGACUGCGCUGUAAGGCGUGCAAGAUGAGCAUCCACCACAAGUGUGCCGACAGUAUCGGGCAGCAGCGGUGCAUGGGCAAGCUGCCAAAGGGGUUUCGACGGUACUACAGCUCGCCGCUACUCAUUCACGAACAGUUUGGCUGCAUCAAAGAAGUGAUGCCUAUUGCCUGUGGAAAUAAGGUUGACCCUGUGUAUGAAACUCUUCGCUUUGGGACUUCCUUAGCCCAGAAAACCAAAAAGGGAAGUUCUGGAAGUGGGUCUGACUCUCCCAACAGAAACUCUACAGCUGACUUGGUAGAAGUUCCUGAGGAAGGCAAUAGCUCUGCAGGCACCCUCGACCUAAGCAGAAAACGCAGCAACAGCGUGUUUACAUACUCUGAAAACGGCACAGAACACUUUGGAGAAGAACCAAAAAGUAUACAUUCCCCGGGACCAUUUUAUAAAAGCACGUUACAAAUGAACACCUAUGUUGCCUUGUACAAAUUUGUACCACAAGAAAAUGAAGACUUGGAGAUGAGGCCAGGAGAUAUGAUCACACUUCUGGAAGACUCUAAUGAAGACUGGUGGAAGGGGAGAAUUGAUGACAGAACUGGAUAUUUUCCUGCUAACUUUGUUCAGAGGGUGCAGCAAAACGAGAAGAUUUACAGGUGUAUCAGGACAUUCAUUGGCUGCAAGGAACAGGGACAGAUAACUCUGAAAGAGAACCAGAUUUGUGUGACUUCUGAAAAGGAACACGAUGGCUUUAUCAAGGUAUACAGCGGGAAGAAGAAAGGCUUUGUCCCCAUAGACGUCUUGGAAAACAUCUGAUUCCAACAGCCCACUCCCUGCAGUGGGAGCCCUUUGUUGGCAAUGCCUGUCUGCCUCAUCUCACACUGUGUCAACCCAGAUGGGCUGUCUUGCAGAUGUUCAGGGAAAUUGUGAGAAAACUGCAACAACACGAAGAAAAAGACAUUUAGACUGCCACAGCAACACAAAAAAUAUGAAAAGUUGAAUGUUUGAAAGAAAAUGUAGUCAGAAACCACCAGGGAAAUAAGAGGCCCUUGAAUUGUAACAGGAAUAAGGUAAGGGAGGGAGAAGAGCAAAGCCUGGGCUGAUUUCUGGUGCAGGAUGGCUGCUACAACCCUGACGGAGACAGACAGCUUGUUCUGAAGGACUAAACUAGCGUCCUGUUCUUGUGUCUUAGAAAACUGUUGGACUGCUUUCUUGUUUGAAGUGUGUAUUUUGGGGAAUGGGGGAAAAUACCGUUCAAACUGUCCUCGUACUACAGUCCAAUGCUUGUAGUAGAGUGUGGCUGUGGUUCUACAGAUUUGUCCCCAAUACCACCCGAGUUUCAGCAUUUAGUCCUGGUGUUUAGUCUCACAACAAAUCAGUUUGGAGACACCGUGUGAAUGUCAGUUCGAGAAAUGCACUGUGCCCUGGAAGCUGGCAACUUUCUCUUUCUGUGCAAUCUUCCCAUAGGAAAGAGUAGCGAAUUUGUGUGUCCUUUGUUUUCUCUGUAUAUGAACAAAAGCUCUCAGCGUAUGUUGGGUGUGUGUUGGCUGCUCUCAUAGGUCACAAAAAUAGCUGAUCCUUGGAUUCACAAGCCUGCUUGGAAGCAUCGCUCUGUGUUUCCUUCACCCUGAUCUGGUGAUACAGAAAAUGGGUAAAAUGCUGGGAGACAGCCACAGGCUUGAAACAUUUUAUAUUUUUCUGUGUUUAUUGCACUUAAAACAUUUUAUAUAUUAAUCCUAUUUAUAAAAAAAUAAAACAGUUAUAUAACCCACUGGAAGGCUGAAAAUGUUAGGAAAGGGCAGGCUGCACACAGGACUGAAGUCUGUAAUUAUCAAAAUGCAGAAUUCGUGACAGAAAGGCACUGAGUGUCUUGGUGGUGUGCUCGCACACCAAAGCUCUCUUCUCCAUUUGCUAAAUAGAAGUUUUGCAGAUUCAGCAGUAAAUACACCAACAUAAAUUUUUCCUUGGUGUAAACCACCAUGAUCAUCCCUUGAGUCUUUUCCAUGCUGGUGAGACUGUGCAGACAUCCCUCUUUUGUCCAUCUUCAAAUGUGUUCUGGGCACAGGAACCUUUCAGGGAGCGGUCUGUGGGACCUGGGAGUCUUGACUAAAUUACACAAGUCAGUCGGUGCCAAUUCUGUUGUAAAGCAGGGGCCUAUGAUAUUUGAAGACAGGGAACCUAAUUUCCAAGUAUUUAAUUGGAUGUAAUUGCACCAAAUACACUUAAACAGCUUAGCAUGUAUUAUGACGUAGAGAUUAAGCCCUAUCCUAAAGCUCCCUGCUGAAUUCAUGCCUUCUUUGACUAGCUUGAAACUAAAUGCCUGUCUUUUCUGUGACUAACCACAAAUUGGUGUCCUAAAUCCUGCUGCUGCAUGCCAGGCUAGUAUAGGCCUUUGCAAAGUUGAUGCUCUUUCUAAAAACAGCAGCUGCUGAUCCUGUUCCCAUGUGUUGAGUCAGGUUGAAGCUGUGUUGCAUAGCCCAGGUCUCAGUAGCUGAGUUGCCCUAUUUGAAUUGCUGAAUUUGCUCAAAGCCUUAGAAAAUCCAGGUGAACUCUACAGUUGACCAGAAGUUCUCAGAGCAGAUUGGUCUUCAGUCUCUUAUAGACAUAUUUUGCUGCUGCUAUGCACCCUUUAUUGCAGAAGAAGUUGCAGGGCUGCCAGCUGCUGAAACACGGCCCUUUAUAAUGCAACCAGUCCAUACUGAUUAUCAACAAACUCCUGGCUGAUCAAAGGUAUCUGAUACCUUCUAUGGGAAUAUCAGCAGGGGUUUCUUUUCCACUUCAAACAACAUUUGCUCAGCUCAUUUUCUUAAACAACUCAUAAACUCAGUGGGAGAGGAUUCUGAUAAUCCUUAAGGAUCAAGAGGAAAAGCAGUAGAGACAUAUUAAUCCAGUCUGCUUUAUAAGAUUAUUUUUUAUAUAUAUAUUCACCCAUUCAAAGGAAAAACUCAAAUGUUUGUUACAACUGAAAUAUUUGCUACUUUUGAUCAGGCCUGUCAAGUGGAGAAAAGGAAAUCUGUAUUAAUCUAUACAUAUGUGCUGUUGUUUACAUGAUUGCGUCAUACUGUGAUUCCCCCUUUUUCAGUCUUCUAUGACUCUGAUUUAUCCCUACAAUGUGCAUCAUACUAUUCAAAGAAUUAUAUGAAUAUUACCUACAAUUCACAAUGGCCUUUAAUCAAUGUCAGUUUUAUUCCUUUUGAUACUGAGCAAUAAAUAAUAAAGUGACUGAGUAAAAACAAAACAGGCCUUAUGUGGACUGCAUUACAUCUGAGAAACUAUUGCUUCUGAACCAAAGCUUUCAUGUUUAUGUUUUCUUUGUGAUUUUGGUUGCUUGCUUGCUUGCUUUUGUCUUUUUACUGGGCUUUUGCUGCCAUUCAAUAUGUAGAUGUAAUUUAUGCCUAAUUUAGCAAGAAGCACAUAUCAUACAUGAGUCUUACUUUAAGCAUGUGAUUCAUUGGCUAUUUCCAUGCUUAAAGCUGAAGUACUUUGCUAAAUUAAGGUCAUUUUACUCAAAUUUAUUUUGGAUGCCUUACUCUUAAUCCAGAGAAGUAUCUCAUCACUUUUUUUACUACCAUAUGCAGUUUGCAAUAGGUACUGUGUUAGCAAGCAGUUAAAAAUCAGACAGAAGAUGGAAUGGAUUUUAUAUGACAUAUGUUAAGAAAAACUGAAUUUUAGGAGAUAAAUGCUGCUCAGAUUUAAUUUAAUAUUCUGCUUAAUAAAGACUAUGUGAUGGUUGGAAGGAGA